AUGCGGUACAUUCACUCCGAGGAGACGCUCCCGAUUCCCGAGAAUGUGAAGGUUCACAUUCGCUCGCGAGUCGUGACCGUUGAGGGUCCCCGAGGCAAGCUCACCAAGGAUCUCUCCCACAUUGCCGUCACCUUCGGCCGCCCCCAGAAGGACGUCAUCUCCAUUGAGAUGCACCACGGCUCUCGCAAGGGUGUCGCCACCCUCCGCACCGUCCGCACCAUAAUUAACAACCUCAUCAUCGGUGUCACCAAGGGCUUCAAGUACAAGAUGCGCUACGUCUACGCUCACUUUCCCAUCAACGUGAACAUUGAGAAGAACGCCGAGACUGGCCAGUACGAUGUUGAGAUCCGUAACUUCUUGGGUGAGAAGUAUGUCCGCCGUGUCAUCUGCCAGCCCGGUGUUGAGAUCAUUGCGUCUCCCAACGUCAAGGACGAGCUCCAGCUCUCCGGUAACUCCCUGGAGGCUGUUUCCCAGAGCGCCGCCGACAUCCAGCAGAUCUGCAGAGUCCGAAACAAGGAUAUCCGAAAGUUCCUUGACGGUCUGUACGUGUCUGAGAAGGGUAACAUCGUCGAGGAAUAA